GACUGCCAGCUCGUCAAGUGGUAUUCCAGGAAUGCGUUGAACAUGGCUGCCGCGAUGAAGGCACAGAAAAGCGGACUGUUAGAACUUCGUAUCACCGUGGACCGUUGGAUCCGUGUUCUAGCCACUUUAAGCGACGAAACACUGACUCUGACUCCUGGAGAAGUUGACGGAGAUGAAGCCACGAAACCCACCCCGGUGCCUGCCGGGGCAGUCAACGGUGACCCGGCCAACCUUGCUUCGUCUCCGGUCCCGGAGACCAUCACCAACGUAAAGCGCACGGUGCGCGUGACCAAGCAAGACGUAGGAGGUCUGGGAAUCAGUAUUAAAGGGGGGAAGGAGAACAAAAUGCCCAUCCUCAUCUCAAAAAUCUUCAAAGGCCUGGCUGCAGACCAGACGGAGGCCUUGUACGUGGGGGACGCCAUCUUGUCUGUGAAUGGGAGCGACCUGAGGGAGGCCACUCAUGACGAAGCUGUGCAGGCCCUGAAGAAGACGGGCAAGGAGGUCAUCCUGGAGGUCAAGUACAUAAAGGAGAUGUCAGCGUUCUUUAAGAACGCCUCGGCGGGCGGAGGGGCGGGGUGGGACUCGCCCCCCAUGACCCCCCAGAAGCAGGCGGCCGGAGCGGACCUGAAGGAGACCAGGAGCGUGGCCCUCAAGAUGUGCCAGCUCAGCAGGAGGCAGUGCCCACCAGACACAGAGAACAGGUACCUGGAGGUGACCACGGCGGACAGGAAGACCUCGGUGUUCCUGCGGGCCAAGGACCCGGCCAUGGCCCAGGGCUGGUGCACGGCCAUCCACACCGUCAUGCUGGCUCUGGUGCCGCGCGCCAAGGAGGCCCUCAGGGGCCUGCAGCCAGGCCUGGAGCCCAAACACCUGGGAUGGAUCACUGUGCAGGGAUCAGAGAAGUCUCUGCUGGCCGUUCUGACAAACAAGGACCUGCUUCUGUACCAGGCUCUACCUGAGAGCCGAGAGAGCUUAGACAAACCAGAGAGGAGUCACCCUCUCAUCACCACCAGGCUGGUUCACUCUGGCCCCAGUAAGACCUCUCCCCUCCACGAGUCGGACCUGUCGUUUGGGCUGCGCACUGGGACGAAGCAGGGCGUAGAGACCCACGUGUUCAGGGUGGACUCCCCCAAAGAGCUCUCCACCUGGACACACCUGCUGGUGGACGGCUGCCACACUGCUGCCGAGCUCAUUCAGGAGGUCACCACAGCGUGCAGCUGGAACGGGAAGCAGUGCAUGCUGGGAGUGCACAUAGACGAGGGCUUCACGCUGUUCACGGAGGAGGCGGGCGUCCGGAGGCACGUCCUGCUGCACCAGCCCUUUGAGCGCCUCCGCAUGUCCGCCGACGACGGCGUGCGCAUGAUGUUCCUGGACUUCGGAGGCCCCGAGGGGGAGAUACAACUGGACCUGAGCUCCUGCCCUAAGACCAUGGUCUUCAUCAUCCACUCUUUCCUGUCCGCAAAGGUCAAGCGACUGGGGCUGUUGGCAUGACAGCGGCCUGUGGAGCCAGGCCAACACUUCAGGUAGAUGUCAUGGAUACGGACAUCAUGGACAGCCAAUCCAACAAAAAAAGGGCGGACCACGUUGCUUCAGAAAACCAAAUUUCCAACCCUCGGUGGACUGCCAUUGGUCAGACCCCUGCCACAGCCGGCAGCCAUAAAUAAAACAAACAAACGAAUGAGCAAUGAGAAUGUGCUAGAUUACUCUUCCUCCCAGCAAUGGCGAAGAGAGGCCGUAGGAGCCCGGGCCACACGCCCGCCCUGCACAAUUAUAGCAUUGUUACCGUAGGAGUGACUUUCUUUUAGACACCAUAACUUCUGGCCUAUGGUCUUAUCCUUUUUAUGUGUUUUGGUUUGAGUGGUUGAUGACAGGGCUUAGUCUGAUUUAGAGGGCUAGUUCAUUUUUAAUGUCAGCAAGUACA